UUCUGGUUUUUCUGUGAGUGGGGAGUUUGAAUGCUUUACCUUUAAUGUGAUCAAAUAAUGCCAAUGUCUUUUUGAUGUGUCAAUUUUGGAUAGUUUUAGCAUGCUAAUCGUGUUAAGCUUGAAAUCUUGAUGAAAAAUUGUGUCCUAGCGUUUAAGUGCUUAUUGUGGUACUGGGUUAUACCUAAGUGGUUUUCUUAUAUUUGUUACCAAUUAUUUGAACGGUGUUCCAAACUCAUAAGAGCCAACGCACCAAAUGCACUUAAAAUUAAAGGCUUUGUGCCAACGUGGCCCCUAGAAAUUGCCCUCCCAAAGAAUUCUAAUUUUUCUGUUUGGUGAUUUUUCGAAAAAAUGAACAGCACUGGAUUGAACUUAUGAAGAGUAAGCAGUUGCAGGGCAGAUGAAGAACGGUUGUCGCAUCUUGUACCCUCUUGCAUCAUGACUAAAAAAAAAGAAAAAAAACGAGCGCAUCGGGUACAUCCGCGCACUUUUCUUAAAAAAGACAUUUUUCCACAAAACAUCAAUAAACAUACCUGAUGGUCGAACGUCAUUUCCGGAUUUCUGAAUGAAAACUAUUCCAGUACAGCGCCCAAAAACCCUCAGUAUUGAGUUAAAAAUUAUAGGUCUAAUUCAAUCAGAAAGUUGUGCAUGCACGUUGUGUUCUAGUGCAUGGGGUAUUUCUCUCAAAAUAAAAAUUUCAUACAGAAAUAUCAAAGAAAAGAAAGCUUGUGAGCUUUUUGUAAUUUUCUCAGUUAAAAUUAAAGUCGGAUAUCAACCGAAAACCUUUCGAAAGGAAGGAAAAAACAAUAAUUCCGUUUUGAAGUUCCAUAGGCCCCUUCAUGGCAUCAGGUACAUUUCAAAUCAAGCGGUUAAAACCCGUGCCUUCUUGACGUCACUCUUCUCUAUGAUUGCAGCCAAAAUCAAAAUGCUGACACCAUUCUUUAUCCGCCUAGAGUCUCCAUCUUGUAAGCCGAAAAUCGCGCUGCUGCCAUGUUGGUCGUUUCUUCCCAAGUUAGACCCUUAGAACCAGAAGUAUAAAUAAAGUAUUAUGAAAAAAAAAAAGAAAAAAAACCUAAUUAUUGGUUGUUUAAAUUUUUAAAUAGGUUAAACUAGUUUCAACUUGUAGAACACUAACCCUAAAUCCAUUUUCUUGAAAUCAGAACACUAAACUUCAUUCGCGUUCGAACCUCCGAGCUGACUAGUGUGUAGUGCGUAUUACUUCCGCUUCCUUAUCUUCUUGGUUCUCGCUAGUUUUUUACUACCGUUUUUUCGUUUUUGAGUUUUUUUAGUUCCUAUGUCUUCCAGCUAGUUUUCUAUUUUCCUCAUUUUUCUAGUCAAUUUCUUUGGUUAUUUUUGUUUAUCCUUUUCUAAGUUUUUGUUAAUCUAUCUCCGUUCCAUGUGGUAAGUCCGUCUUUUCUAACCUCUGUCUCCCGAUGACAGCCUAAAAAUGUCUGAUCCCCCAGUAGAUCCAGGGGACCCCCCUGGUAUUAACUCCCAAACCCAAAAUGCUUCUGUUUCCGUAAGUGCCGAUCCUUUAGUUAAUGCUACCGAAAGUAGAAAAACGAUUAUUCUUAAGAAAAUUGAUGAUUUAUUGUAUCCUGAUAACUCAACUGGCCCCUUUGUUAUCUCCUUAUCUUAUGAUGGUUUAGGUAACAAACAUGCUACCCUUAUAGGUGAAGCCCUUUAUAGAUGUAAUAUUGUCGGUAUUAAGUCCAUCAAAAAGAUUAACAAAAGUUUAGUCAAUAUCGAAUUUGUGAAACGCGAAUAUGCUAACAAUCUGGUUUCCAAUCACAAAACUAUUCUCCCCUAUGAAAAUGCUAGGGUUUUCAUUCCCCUCAAUUAUAUUACUCGUAGAUUAGUAAUCAAUGACGUACAUACAGACCUAGGCAUUGAAUCUAUAGGCAACUAUCUAAAAGAUAAAUAUGCUAAUGUUAUCUCAGUUCGACGUAUCUUCCGAAGAAAUGAGAAAGGUGUUUUAACUCCUACCCCUAAACUCGAACUUCUUUGGGAAGGUACUACCCGUCCUGACUUCUUUUAUAUCUUCUAUUCUCGUUGCAAAGCUACCCCCUAUAUCUACAACGUUACAACCUGUUCUAACUGUUUAAACUAUGGCCAUCGUGCUGAAUUUAAGGGUAUCUUAACUUGUAAAGGUCUUAAUCGAUGCCCAAACUGCUCAGACCAACAUGCUGCGCAUGAUAUUUGCCCUAAUACAACCAAAUGUCUUCAUUGCAAAGGUCCCCACAAAACCUUUGAUCCUGCGUGUCCUUCAUUACUUGAACAGAAAGCUAUUAAAAAAAUUAUGGCCUUCGAAAAUCUUAGCUUUCAUGAAGCAACCAAAAAAGUUGAGAUGCUGAAAACCGAAAAUAUCAAACUGACCCUGAAUGACAGACUUCUAGCAAUCCAGAAUAAAAUUAAGGCAGGAGAGACCAUUUCUAUUGAUGAUAUCGAUCCCAAGAACUUCCCGGUUCUGAAUAAUAAAUAUCUAGUUCUAACCUCAAACAAUGACCAAGAACAAACAAGUCCUGAUAACUUUCAAUAUUCUAUCGACGACCUUAGAAGACCCUAUUCAGAAGUCGUUCUUUCCCCCUCUCCUAUAAGAAAGAAAGUUAAGAUUUCAGAGGUUAACGAUCCAGUAAUGCCUUCCGAUAGAUGGCUUAAAAACUAUCAAAUCCAAUCUUCUUCUACUCAGAUCCAUAAACCAAUCAGUGAUCAGAAUAAAGGUUUCUGGCCCGUUCCGAAUAAAGGAAACCAAACUAUUGUCGCUCAAUCACACUUAGGACAACAGCAACUUAAAUUGGCUCCUCCCCCUAGUAACAAAAACUCUUCAUAUUCUAAUUCAUCUACCAUACCUACGAAACAAACCCCUUCCGCUAGAUCCCCGGUACAACCUCCUAAUACUGGACAAAAACAAGCACCCCAACAACAAUACAAACCUUCUUCUUCUACAAAAUCAAUAACCCCAACCAAUCUCCAAACUAAAAAGACAAAUCCUUCACAAUCCACUAUCAAUACACCU